AUGUCUCCGCCUAUGGUCGCUGGACGGGAGAAGGAGUCGGGGUUGGCUCGCGUGCUUGGUUCAGGUUCCGCUGGUAUUGCUGAGUUGGCUGUCUUCCAUCCCGUCGACACUAUCGCGAAGCGCCUCAUGAGCAACCAGACCAAGGUGUCUGGCGCAUCGCAGCUGAACCAGGUUAUCUUCAAGGACAAGGCAAACGCACCCGCUGCACGCAAGUUCUUGUCCCUUUUCCCCGGCCUGGGGUAUGCCGCUGGCUACAAGGUUCUCCAGCGUGUUUACAAAUAUGGCGGUCAGCCCGUCGCGCGAGACUACCUGGGGAAGCACUACGGCAAGGACUUUGAGAGCGCGUUCGGCAAGAAGACGGGCAAGGCUAUCAUGCACUCGACUGCUGGCAGCCUUGUCGGUAUUGGAGAGAUUGUCCUCCUCCCUCUCGACGUGCUGAAGAUCAAGCGUCAGACAAAUCCAGAGGCCUUCAAGGGCCGUGGUGUCCUCAAGAUCAUCGGUGACGAGGGCUUCAACCUGUACCGCGGUUGGGGCUGGACCGCUGCGCGCAAUGCCCCUGGGUCCUUUGCGCUCUUUGGUGGCUCGGCCUUCGCCAAGGAAUACCUCUUCCACCUGCAAGAUUACAACAAGGCGACGUGGUUCCAGAACUUUAUCGCCUCCAUUGCCGGUGCCUCUGCCUCGCUCGUUGUAUCCGCGCCCCUCGAUGUCAUCAAGACGCGCAUUCAGAACCGUAACUUUGAGAACCCCGAGAGCGGUAUGAGGAUUAUGGCCAACAUGGCCAAGAACGAGGGUGUUUCGGCCUUUUUCAAGGGCCUCGUGCCCAAGCUGCUCAUGACCGGCCCCAAGCUUGUCUUCUCGUUCUGGCUUGCACAGACUCUGAUCCCAGCCUUUGACACUGCCUUCCGCAAGUAA